AUGAAUCUCAAAAUGACCAUUCCCCCGACCACGGAGCAUUUGGCAUCUGUGAAGGAGCACACGCAAGCCACAAUCACCGCGCUCUUCGCCUUCUUGACUGCUCAAGGUCAAGGAGACUAUCUUGGCGAGAAAGUUACCCAACUAGAGCACUCGCUGCAGUGUGCUCAUCUGGCGAGUCAAUCCUCAGAAUAUGGAUCCGAUCCAGAAGUCAUCCUCGCUGCUCUUCUCCAUGACGUCGGCCGAUUCAUUCCAGCCGCAGAAAAAAUGGGCAAGAUGAUCACACCGGAUGGACAGUAUAUUGGUCGACAAAGUCAUGAGAUUCUGGGCGAGUCGUAUCUACGCCAGAUUGGCUUCAGCGAGAAGGUUUGCCUGCUAGUUGGAGCGCAUGUCAUGGCUAAAAGGUAUCUGGUUGCAACAGACCAGAAAUAUUAUGAUGGACUGAGUGAGACGAGUAAACGAACACUCAGGUUCCAGGGUGGAGGGUUUACAGCCGAAGAAGUCCAGGAGGCCCAAAAGGAUCCACUGCUCGAGGCAAAGCUUGCUGUGAGACGCUGGGAUGAUCAAGCGAAGGUGCCCAACAUUGUUGUUCCUCCUUUGGAAGCGUAUGGGGAACUGGCUUAUGACUGCCUACUUGAUUCUCGGGCCAAGUUCACUCUUCAUUCAAAGGAAUAUUCUCUCCCUACCAGACCAACGGUCGUGAUCUGCAUCGAUGGAUUUGAUCCGGAGUACUUGGAUUCGGGGAUCCAGAGAGGCGUCCUUCCAACCUUCAAGAAAUUUGUUGACAACGGAUUUAUGGCUACCGCCAAAAGUUGCAUGCCCUCGUUCACGAAUCCGAACAACGUGUCUAUUAUCACUGGAGCACCCCCUUCAGUUCACGGAAUUGCCGGAAACUUUUUCUUGGACCGAGAAACAGGAAAGGAAACCAUGAUCACGGAUGACACGUUGCUCCGGGGCUCGACCUUGCUCGAGCAAAUGCACAAGCGAGGUGUUCGAAUCGCAGCCGUGACGGCCAAGGAUAAACUAAGAAAGAUCCUUGCACAUGGUAUCAAAGGCGCUAUUUGUUUCUCUGCGCAGCAAGCCGCAGACUGCACAAUGGAUGAAAACGGGAUCGAAAACGUUGAAGAGUGGAUUGGACGACCGGCUCCUAGCCAAUACUCCGGGGACUUGUCCGUGUUUGUGCUUGACGCUGGAAUUAAAUUGCUCGAAGAAGGGCGGUCGGACUUUUUAUACCUCACUCUCUCGGAUUAUAUUCAGCACAAACACGCGCCAGGCGACAAAGAAGCCGAUGACUUCAUGAAAGCGAUCGACGACCGCCUGGCAAAAUUGGCCAGUCUGGCACCAGUUGUUGGUGUGACUGGCGACCAUGGAAUGAGUCGGAAGUCGGACGCUGAAGGAGAGCCAAAUGUGCUGUUUCUCGAGGACGCCCUCAAUGCCCAGUUUGGCCCUGCUGCAUCCAGGGUAAUCUGUCCCAUUACAGAUCCUUUUGUUCGGCAUCAUGGUGCCCUGGGCUCGUUUGUACGCGUAUAUUUGAAGGAUAAAACCCAGAUGGACGCGAUGCUUUCGGUCUGCAAGGCAUUUCCGGAAGUCGAAAUCGCCCUCAGCGGCGAGGAUGCAGCGAAGGAAUAUGAAAUGCCCUUGGAUCGUGAAGGAGACAUUGUGGUCAUUUCUACACGCAACACCGUGAUUGGCAGCCGUGAGUCUGACCAUGACCUCUCGUCGGUGCGAGACCACCCAUUGCGAUCGCAUGGAGGCUUGAGCGAGCAAAACAUUCCAGUCGUCCUGUCAACACCGGUAACUAAUUGCAAAGCCGCACUGGAGAGGAGCUGGAGAAAUUAUGACAUCUUCGACCUUGCGCUCAAUUGGUCAUCCUGA